AUGGGUAAAAACAAAAAUCGUUCGAGACCGUUCACGAACCAUGGCGCCGUAGUAACAAAGCCUUCACCAUCACAUCCGAAAGGAGGAUCUAAAUUUCAUCCAAAAGUAGAUUUGUCGUUACUUGUGGAAAGAGUUGAAGAAUACAUGGAAUCUCACGAUAAAACAUCAAUUAAUUACAACAGUUCCGAAGAGUUGAUGCCUGUGGUUACUUAUUUGAAGAAGAGCUAUGAAAAGGAAUAUAAAUCCAUUCCACUGCUUGAUUUUAAAGAUAUUUGUGCUGGUGCUAUAGAAAAAAUGUUCAGAGAUGAUUCAGAUAUGUCAUCUUCGUCCUCGGAAGAUGAAAAUGCAAUGAUUGACGAAGCCACACGAGUUAAAAAUCUUACCAAACUGAAAGAUAUGAUAAAGAAUGAAAAGAAUUCAAUGAAUCAACAACUACAAAGUGUGUAUAAAGAACAACAAACAAGCAUCGCAGCUACCACUAGUUCAAGCAACAAUACUUCUCCUGGAGAUGCAUCAAGUAAUAAUUCGGAAGAUUCUUUGAAGAGAAAAAGAUCAACAAGCCAAGUCCACGAAUCCAAUGGCAACGCACAACAACAACAGAACAAAUCAAACACAACCAACAAUUCCAAUCAACAAGAAACCAAUGGCACCACAACCAAUUCCUCUGCAGUACCUCCACCCAACAAAAAGACAAAACCUUCAUCAGGUGUGUCAUCGUCGGAGAAGGAAAAGAGAACAAAAAUUAUUGUGGAGACACCGAAUGUCAGAUUCAGCGAUUUGGGAGGUAUUGAUAAUAUUUUACAAGAUAUUCGUGAACUAAUUGAAUAUCCAAUUUUACAUCCAGAGAUUUAUACAUCAUUGGGAGUGGAUCCUCCUCGUGGUAUAUUAUUGCAUGGUCCUCCAGGAAGUGGUAAGACAAUGCUUGCUAAUGCAAUUGCAGGUGAAUUGCAAAUUCCAUUUUUGAAGGUUUCAGCUCCUGAAAUUGUUAGCGGCAUGAGUGGUGAGUCGGAAGCAAAAAUUAGACAUUUAUUCAGAGAUGCAGUUGCCAAUGCACCAAGUAUUGUUUUUAUUGAUGAAAUUGAUGCAAUUUUGAGUAAGAGAGAUAAUGCAUCCAAAGAGAUGGAAAAACGUAUUGUUGCACAAUUACUGACAUGUAUGGAUGACUUAACUUUGGAUAAAACAAGUGGAAAAGCAGUGAUAGUCAUUGGAGCAACUAAUAGACCAGAUUCACUUGAUAAUGCAUUGAGACGUGCAGGAAGAUUUGACCGAGAAAUUUCACUCGAAGGAGGCCAUGAUGCAUUUGAUUUCCAAAGCAUUGCGCACAACACUCCAGGUUAUGUGGGUGCUGACUUGAAGGCUCUUGUGAACGAAUCAGCAGUUGUUGCCAUUCACAGAAUUUUUGGAUAUAUUGUUUUUGGCAAUGAAAAGAAAGAGGAUUCUUCGAAACAAUUGACAACAGAUGAGGAAAUCAAACGACGAAGCAUUAUUAGUGAGACACUUCGAAACAUGAAAGAACCUCUCAGUGAGGAGCAAUUGGCGAGUCUCAGCAUUACUUUUGAAGACUUUGAAAAAGCCAUUAAGAGAGUUCAACCAAGUGCCAAACGUGAAGGUUUUGCCACUGUACCAAAUGUCACAUGGGAUGAUAUCGGAGCUUUAGAUGAGGUUCGUGAAGAAUUAAGACUGGCCAUUAUGGAACCAAUCAAAAGACCUGAAAAGUACAAGAAAGUUGGUUUGGAUGUUCCGGCUGGUGUUUUGCUGUACGGUCCUCCUGGUUGUGGUAAAACACUUCUCGCAAAGGCCAUUUCCAAUGACAGCGGUGCAAACUUUAUUUCUAUUAAGGGUCCAGAGUUGUUGAACAAAUAUGUUGGUGAAUCCGAGAGAGCUGUCAGACAAGUAUUUAGUAGAGCUGCUGCUUCAUCUCCUUGUGUUAUUUUCUUUGAUGAAAUGGAUGCUCUAUGCCCAAAGAGAGACAAUGAAUCGAGUUCGCAAAGCUCAGAGCGUGUAGUCAAUCAACUUCUCACGGAAAUGGAUGGACUUGAAUCGAGAGGAAACGUUUUUGUGAUUGCAGCCACCAAUAGACCUGACAUGAUUGAUCCAGCCAUGUUACGUCCAGGUCGUCUCGAUAAAUUGCUCUAUGUCAAGCUGCCAAAUGAACAAGAACGAAUUCAAGUGUUGAAAACCAUUGCUCGAAAAACACCCAUGUCACCUAAUGUCAAUCUUGAAGAAAUUGCAAAAUUGUGUGAAAACUUUUCAGGAGCUGAUUUAUCAGCGCUGGUAAGAGAAGCUGCCACCUGUUGCUUGAAGGAGAGUAUUCAAAACAAUACCGAUAAUCUUGUUGUUACAAGAGAACACUUCAAAGUUGCUUUAAGAAAAGUUCAUCCGUCUGUCUCUGAAAAAGACCUUAAAAUUUAUGACAAGAUUGCAAAUAGUUUGAGGACCAGUCGUAAUCAUAUUGUGAUGGACGAUGAACCAAACAAGAAACAACAACCCAACUCUGCUGUUUCUAAAUAA